GGCGGCUGAUGAGACAAGUGAAGGAACGACUCCAGGUUGGAGACGGCCCUCAGAGUUGUAAACGCGGGAUUGAGACGCUGCGGGAAGAUGGCCUGCCUUGCGCAAGGGCCUGGGCGGGAGGGCCUGCGCCUGCGCUAGCGAGACUCUGGCUAGCCACUCCCACUGCACACGGCGAGUCUGGGCGACUGCGCACGCGCGGCUGGUUAUAAACAACUUGUGAAAUGAGUGAUUUGGAAGAUGAUGAGACACCCCAGCUUUCUGCCCAUGCCUUAGCAGCUCUCCAGGAAUUUUAUGCUGAGCAAAAGCAACAAAUUGAGCCAGGCGAGGAUGAUAAAUAUAGCAUUGGAAUAAUAGAAGAGAAUUGGCAACUGAGCCAGUUUUGGUAUAGUCAGGAAACUGCUCUGCAGCUGGCACAGGAGGCAAUUGCAGCUGUAGGAGAAGGUGGCAGAAUCGCAUGUGUGAGUGCCCCUAGUGUUUACCAGAAACUCAGAGAGCUGUGCAGAGAAAACUUUUCGAUAUACAUCUUUGAAUAUGACAAAAGAUUUGCCAUGUAUGGAGAGGAGUUUAUUUUCUAUGAUUACAAUAAUCCAUUGGACUUACCCGAAAGAAUUGCUGCGCAUAGUUUUGACAUCGUAAUAGCAGAUCCUCCCUAUCUUUCGGAGGAAUGUCUCAGAAAAACAUCGGAAACCAUCAAGUACCUGACGCGGGGCAAGAUUCUGCUGUGCACAGCUAGACAGAAAAGUUCUCCAAGUCCCCACUAGACCCAGGAAGUCCAGCUGGCUUCACCUCUCAGUGGGAUGAUUGCUUGAUCUCUGGAGGUCGAGACUACAGUGAGCUGUGAUGGUGCCACUGCACUUCAGCCUGGGCAGGGAGCAAGACUGUCUCAAAGAAAAAAAAAUUCUGAGAACUGAAACCUUACCAACUGACCCGUCUCUUUAUUUCUGGGUACCUGUGGUGUCCACACCCUUGAGUGCUGUUGUGGACGCUAUUCCCCAGUCCCUCCGGGCUGCGCUUGUCCCCUGGGCACCCUGCUGGGAACAGGGCUGGGCCAGGAGUGGAGCCACGGGAAGCUGUUCUGGUGUUGCAGAGCUGCGUGUGUGGGGAGGGGCGCUCUGUUCGCACAGAUGCCGUGGUUGCCUGCACGCUUAUUCACUCCGUUGCUUCCUUGAGCUCUGUGCAGCGCUCUGUGCACCGGCAGGCAGCGCUCUGGCCUCAUGGAGUGUGCAUUUUAGUUUCAGGGGACACUUUGAAAAAAUAAUUAUAAAAUAGACUAAAGACUGGAAGCACUAACUCUGAGAAGAGUAACAGAGACCCAGGGAUCUGCACUUUGCCCCAGGGACCUGAGGGGUCAGGAGCCACGGCCACAGCGGCCCGGGAGGGCAGAGUCGGGGCAGGAGGCCCCCAGUGCCUCCUAACAGAGGGGACCGUGGGCAUUGGGGUUUUCUUCAGAAGCCCAAGGCGACGGGACGCAACUUGUCUGAAGACGUAAGACGUUCGCUUUAACUUGACCGAGGUUUUGGGGCACGUGGACCUGGGCAUCGCGGGCUGUUGCUGCACCCCAGGGAGGGGGGUGGCCUGCAAGGAGGGCAGGGCAGGGGCGUCAAAGAGAUACUUUGAAGAUGAAGUUGAGAGAGCUUGCUGUAUUUGAGUGUGGAGGGGAAGAGAGGAGAGGAAUCAGGGCUGUGGAUGCCACCUCCUGUGGGGAUGUCGCAGGGGAGCUGGCUGUGCGCUGUGGGCCCAGGGCGGGGAGAAAUUGGGAGCAGAUGGCAAAAGGGAGUGGCAACACAUUCGCACCUGUGUUUGCAAGAUUGGAUAUUACUGAAAAAGGCUCUUGGCUCAACGUUGGGAAAUGCUAGUUUUUAGUAAUUAUUUUUGCUUUCCAUAUGUGUGUAUAUAUAUAUAGUACGUGUGUGUGUGUGUAUAAUCUGCUUCUAAAUUUCUAAGUGUCUCGGCUUUGCAGAGGUAGGAAAAUAAUUCAUUCAAUAAAAAAGACAUGGAAAAAAGUUGGUAAAUUGCAAAAAUAUUGAAGAAGGUGAAAGGGAAUGUAAAGAACACUCGCUCCCUCCCCCCACUUGUGAAUUGUCAACUAAUUGCCACCGGUGGUCCGCCUAGAGCCCCUCUCACAGCUCAGGACGCACUGAGCUCCGGCUGGGCUGUCACUCUCUGGAUUCAUUUGCUUUGU